AAGACGAGAAGCAUAGAGGAAGAAAAUCUGCAAAACGGGUUCCCAAUUUCCUGAGCUACAAGCAAAGAAACAGCCCACUAAAUCGGCAUUCGCCAGAGAGAAAUAUUGAGAGUGGUUAUGGCGAAGUCUUGCAAAGGUUUGGCAGAAGAGCUUGUCAAGUGUCUUAGCGAGUCCGAUUGUAUAAAGGUGCAGAAGAGAUCAUACAGGGAAUGUGCAGGGGAGACAAGCCCUUGUAUACCUAGCGAGUGUGUUGGUUUAAGAGAAACAUUCUUUAAUUGUAAGAGGGGUCAGGUUGAUAUGCGAGCCAGGAUUCGAGGAAACAAAGGGUAUUAGGUAGUCCAGUUUUCAUGGAGCUAAAAUGGUGGCAGUUUCAUCAAACCAAAUUGAAAAACGCGUCAUAAUAGUUUGCUGAUGGAAAAUUUUGGGCUUCUGGCAUCUAUAAUUAAGGUCUACACUCAAUUUUUUUUUUCGUGGCAUAACAUGAUGUAGUUGUCUGACGAGGAGUGUCUGUUGAUGAUAUGCCUAUACAAGUCUUUCAUCGAGACUAAGGCUUAUUUUGUCCUUUUAA